UAAUAAUGCUGUACUGAGAAAUGGAGAAGAUGCUGACGCUGUUCUCCAGAUUUAACAUGUGAUUUUAAACAACAAUUGCAUAGCAUGCCAAGCCGUAAUGGUGUAUGACCUCUAAAAUCUUCCCUUGAUUGACAACUCCAGCGCUCCUGCAAAUCCCUCAACCUUUUCAUUGCGUGGCUUCCGCGAGAGCUUGAGAAGAAAACAUUGCAGACGAGGUUCAGUUUCGUAGUUUGUUUGCUAUCCGGCUCUGUAAACUGUAAAUGGCUAUCGCCUCGUGCAUAUCGUUCAUCUCUUUCUCUUCUUCGCCUUUCCGUCCCAAACUUGAUUUUGGAAAUUGCUCGUUCACGCCCCCAAUUCUUAAGGCGAAGUUUCAAAAAAACUUAACAGCAAGCACUCGGGUCAGUGCUCUGUCUCCCGCUGUUUCUGAGAGGUCAACCCCACCAAUAACAUCUUUCAGUAAGAUGAUUGAAUCCCUGAUAGAUCGGGUGGACUUAUCGGAGUCUGAAGCCGAAGCUUCGCUGGAUUUUUUAUUGAAUGAUGCCAAUGAGGCAUUGAUCAGUGCUUUUCUUGUGCUGCUGAGAGCGAAAGGAGAGACAUAUGAAGAAGUUGUGGGAUUGGCAAGGGCCAUGCUCAAGCGUAGUGUGAAGGUAGAAGGGUUGGUUGAUACAGUCGAUAUUGCUGGAACAGGUGGUGAUGGAGCAAAUACAGUGAACAUUUCCACAGGGGCUUCAAUACUUGCUGCAGCUUGUGGUGCAAAAGUUGCAAAGCAUGGAAACAGAUCAAGUUCGUCUGCGUGUGGAAGUGCUGAUGUAUUAGAGGCAUUGGGAGUGGUUAUUGACUUAGGACCCGAGGGGGUGACAAAAUGCGUGAAUGAAGGUGGAAUUGGAUUUAUGAUGGCUCCAAGAUAUCACCCAGCUAUGAAGAUUGUCGGCCCUGUUAGAAAGAAGCUAAAAGUGAGAACUGUGUUCAACAUAUUGGGUCCAAUGUUGAAUCCAGCGAGAGCAUCUUUUUCUGUUUUAGGUGUAUACAAGGAAGACUUGGUACUCAAAAUGGCAAAAUCAUUGCAGCGGUUUGGAAUGAAAAGAGCAUUAGUUGUUCAUUCAGAGGGCUUAGAUGAAAUGAGCCCCCUUGGACCUGGUCUCAUCCUUGAUGUUACUCCAGAAAAGAUCGAGAAGUUCUCAUUUGAUCCAUUGGAGUUUGGCAUUGCUCGCUGCACUCUUGAUAGCUUGCAAGGCGGAGGUCCAGAGUAUAACGCGGAGGUACUGAAGCGUGUAUUGUCAGGGGAGAAAGGGCCCAUUGCUGAUGCGCUUGUACUAAACGCAGCGGCAGCUGUAUUGGUUAGUGGCAAUGUGAACACCCUGGGUGAAGGAGUAGCUUUGGCUCGUGAAACACAAGAAUCUGGAAAAGCUCUUAAGAAGCUUGAUCUGUGGAUAGAUAUUUCCAACAAAUCAAAAGAAGAUGCAGCCCAUAAGGGCUCUUGAGACUAAUAUAUAAUAUAAAAUCUUGGUAAAUCUAUUGAAGUAUGCAGACGUGUCAAAGGAUUCAAUGCGACUAAUAUAUUUAUCAUUAUCAUUUUUCUUGUUAGAAAACACUGUUUAAACUUCA